CAGGGCAAGGCAGAGUAUAUAGGAGGUGACUUGGAACGAAAAACGGUGCACCCACAGAAGCCGGGACGAUGGAGGGCCGGAUCCUGCUGAUGCUUGGCCUUGCCGUGGCAGCCACAGCUAUGCCUCCUGCACAAGAGGAGCUCGGCUACGAGGAGGCCGUUUCCUUGGCAAUCGACCUCUACAACCAAGAGCCAGGGGUGGCGCGGGCCUUCCGACUCCUGGAAGCCAAGCCCCAGCCGGAGUGGGACCCCUCGCUCCAGUCCCUCCAGGAGCUGGAGUUCACCGUGCGGGAGACCACGUGCCCCCCCUCGGAGCAGCUGAACACGGACAAGUGUGACUUCAAGGCCGACGGGGUGGUGAAGGAAUGUUACGGGACCAUCUUCUCUGAGCAGGGGGCUCCUGUUGUCCAGUACCUUUGUGAAACUGCAGUCGAGGGGCACGUCCGUGUCAGGAGGGGCAUUAAAAAAUUCAUCAAGAAAGUCAAGAAAGUCAAGAAAGCGAUUAAGGAGGGGAUCAAGAAGGGGAUCAAGAAACUACUUUCUGGAGGAGGCUCGAACAUUGCGCAUGGGCCUGGUGGCAGGAGGCAUAUUGCAUGAAGAACCUGAAUGGGCAGUGCCAAGGAGGCGGAUUCGAUGCCCGGGGCUGGUCACGGAGCAGGCCGAGGGGCUCCCAGCAGAGUCUCCGUCUCUCACCGCUGAUGCCGCUCGCAGAGGGAAGUCGCUUUCUGAGCCAUUGCUUAACGCUGUGCGGAUCUUGCCGAAACCCUUCCCCGUUUCCUCCCGUUGUGCAUUCUCUCUUCACAAUAAAUGAUGGCGGCUCUUUCAACCCAGACUGUCUUGGGAUUUCACCGGGGCUGGUUUUCUUUGCUGCCUUUCCACCCAACUAGGGCGUCUAAGGCAGCGAAUAUAAAAAUGGCAAAGCAUGUCAACAUUAAAACAGCAUUUUCAAUUGUC